CAUCCUAACAUUGUUUUAAUCGAAUCAUGAGUAGUUCAUCGUAUAUAGGUCAGUAAGUCCUUAUGUAGCCAGGAGGUUGGCAGACAUGCUGUUGAUAUAAGCCUGACGUCACAGCGUUUAUGGAGUAUGUUAUUCAGUAAAGUGUGUGAGAGAACAUUUCUGAGUCAAAUUUGAGAGGAAAGAGCAAUUAUCGACAGGUGCUUGGAGCUCCAGAAACCUGAAAAAAAUGGAUUCGUGUGAAUUCCGAAAAAAGGGGAAGGAGAUGGUAGAUUACAUAGCUGAUUACAUGGAGAACAUACACAACCGCAGGGUCAUACCGGAAGUUGAACCUGGAUAUCUAAAACAACUACUUCCGGAUACAGCACCGGAAAUGAGCGAGGGCUUCGACGAGAUCAUGAAGGACGUAGAGAGAACCAUCAUGCCCGGGAUAACCCACUGGCAGCAUCCACAUUUCCACGCUUAUUUCCCGUCCGGUAACUCCUACCCGUCCAUCCUCGGGGAUAUGUUGUCAGAUGCUAUAGGGUGUAUUGGCUUUUCAUGGGCUUCAAGCCCUGCAUGUACGGAGCUGGAAGCCAUCACGAUGGACUGGCUAGGCAAAAUGAUGGGUCUACCGAAAUUUUUCCUCCACGGGUCAGGUAAAGGUGGAGGUGUUAUACAGGGGUCGGCCAGCGAGUGUAUUUUAGUGACGUUACUCGCGGCCAGACACCACGCUCUACAGGAAAGAGAGAGCAUGUCUCCACUGUUCCGGAACGCCACCAAUCUACCCAAGCUGGUGGCGUACUGCUCCAAACUUUCGCAUUCCUGUGUGGAGAAGGCCGGGAUGCUGGGGUUUGUACACCUUAGACAACUUGAUGUCGACGAUAACUUGUCAUUGAGAGGCAAUGUUCUGGAGGCGGCAAUACAGGAGGAUAAAAAACUAGGAUUCAUUCCAUUUUAUGUAUGCGCCACCCUAGGGACCACUGCGUGCUGUUCAUUUGACAAUAUAGCCGAGCUAGGGGAGGUGUGUGUCCGAGAGAACAUCUGGCUGCACGUGGAUGCAGCGUAUGCAGGGAAUGCCCUCAUCUGUCCAGAGUUCCAGCAUCUUAUCAAAGGGGCAGAGAAUUUAACAUCUUUUAGUUGUAAUCCAAAUAAAUGGAUGCUGGUGAACUUUGACUGUUCUCUAUUGUGGGUUAGGGAUAGACUGAUGCUGACGUCAUCAAUGACGGUGGAUCCUCUGUAUCUACAACACAAACAUGAAGAUCAAACUAUCGAUCUCCGGCAUUGGGGGAUCCCGUUAAGUAGGCGGUUUAGAGCUCUAAAGCUUUGGUUUGUGAUCCGAUCGUACGGUGUGACUGGUCUUCAGGCUUAUAUAAGGAAGCACAUCAAACUAGCGCAAUUGUUUGAAACAUACGUGAAGAAUGACGCCAGAUUUGAAGUAUCCGCUCCUGUCAAUAUGGGACUUGUGUGCUUCCGACUAAAGGGACCAAACUCACUUACGAAGAAGUUAAAUAGACUAAUCAAUGAAUCGGGACAGCUGCACAUGGUACCGGCCUUGAUCAACAAGAACUACGUCAUUCGCUUCGCUCUUUGUGCCGAAAACGCUAACGAGAACGACAUAGAAUUUGCUUGGAAAGCUAUUUCGGCAAUAGCGUCGACUCUCUUAGCCAGACCGUCAGUAGAAAAGUCGGUAAGUGAAUAUCGGACAUCUGAGUCAGACGAGGAGGAGAGAUCGGAGGAGACGUCAGAGGAGGACGAAGAAGGAGAUAACGCCUUCAUGGAGUUUGACAAUGAUAUCAUUUUCGACGAGUCUAGCACCAGGAUGAGAAGUGUGAUGUUCCGAAGGAGCACUUUCCAGAGGAUGAUAUCCGACCCGAAGUGUUACGACCCGAAGGCCAGGGGAUUCUCACGGGAAGGUCGACGAAGAUACAUGAGCGAGUCAUGUAGUAAACGGAAUCCACUCUCGUUCGAUGAACCUAUAUUUAAUUUUUGAUUGUAAUGCCGAUCACCACUAGUCAAUGAGAAUGCUUUCUUGAAGUUGCUGUUCAUGGACACUGGAUUAAUAUAGUUUGGUAAUCUAUGUCGGACAGAUCUCUGACUUUCUGUUUUAUGACCUUACGUUGAAAUAGUCUUGUGCACUAUUUAAUAUUAAUUUCAAAAUAAAUAGUGUUCCUGAGAGCAUAGUUAAACAUACAUAU